CAGUACUCGCGCGGCCGGCGCGGGUCCCUGCCGGAAGCCUAGGGGGGUCCCCUCGGAGCUGGGGGCGGGGUCUGCGACACUAUGGCCGAGAGCGGUGGGGAAGUGGUAGCAGUACCCGCGUCCGCGGCUGCCAACGGCCUCAGCAAUGGGGCAGGCGGGGGCCCGGCGCAGACCAACAACCCGCUGUCGCGGAAGCUGCAUAAGAUCCUGGAGACGCGGCUGGACAACGACAAGGAGAUGUUGGAAGCUCUCAAGGCACUUUCAACCUUUUUCGUUGAAAACAGUUUGCGGACUCGAAGGAAUUUACGUGGAGAUAUUGAACGCAGAAGUUUAGCCAUCAAUGAAGAGUUUGUCAACAUUUUCAAGGAGGUGAAGGAAGAACUUGAAAGCAUAAAUGAAGAUGUUCAAGCAAUGAGCAGUUGUUGUCAAGACAUGACAAGUCGCCUACAGGCGGCAAAAGAACAGACUCAAGAUUUGAUAGUAAAAACCACUAAGCUUCAAGCUGAAAGUCAAAGACUAGAAAUACGAGCACAAGUCGCAGAUGCCUUCUUAUCCAAGUUCCAGCUGACUUCUGAUGAGAUGGGUCUCCUCCGAGGUACCAGAGAAGGACCUAUAACCGAGGAUUUUUUCAAGGCACUGGGAAGAGUAAAACAGAUUCAUAAUGAUGUUAAAGUUCUCUUACGUACAAACCAACAAACAGCAGGUUUAGAAAUUAUGGAACAGAUGGCCUUGCUUCAAGAAACAGCUUAUGAAAGACUUUAUCGAUGGGCUCAAAGUGAAUGCAGAACAUUGACGCAGGAAUCAUGUGACAUAUCUCCAGUAUUAACUCAGGCAAUGGAAGCCCUGCAGGAUAGACCUGUCUUAUAUAAGUAUACCUUGGAUGAAUUUGGAACAGCCAGGAGAAGUACCGUUGUUCGUGGAUUUAUUGAUGCUCUUACGAGAGGGGGCCCGGGAGGCACGCCAAGACCCAUUGAAAUGCACUCCCAUGACCCCUUGAGAUACGUGGGAGAUAUGUUGGCUUGGCUCCAUCAGGCGACCGCUUCUGAAAAAGAACACCUUGAAGCUCUCUUAAAGCAUGUAACUCUACAAGGUGUUGAAGAAAAUAUUCAGGAAGUUGUUGGGCAUAUUACUGAGGGUGUGUGCAGGCCUCUGAAGGUUCGAAUUGAACAAGUAAUAGUUGCUGAACCUGGGGCAGUUUUGUUGUAUAAAAUUUCUAACCUCCUCAAAUUUUACCAUCAUACAAUCAGUGGCAUUGUUGGAAAUAGUGCAACUACAUUAUUGACUACCAUUGAAGAAAUGCAUUUGCUAAGCAAAAAAAUAUUCUUCAAUAGCUUGAGUCUUCAUGCAAGUAAAUUAAUGGACAAGGUUGAACUCCCACCACCUGAUCUUGGACCAAGUUCUGCAUUAAAUCAGACACUCGCAUUGUUGCGUGAAGUUUUGGCAUCUCACGAUUCUUCAGUUGUACCGUUAGAUGCCCGUCAAGCUGACUUUGUGCAAGUUUUAUCGUGUGUCUUAGAUCCUCUCCUCCAGAUGUGUACCGUAUCUGCCAGCAAUUUAGGCACAGCUGACAUGGCCACUUUCAUGGUCAAUUCACUCUAUAUGAUGAAGACAACACUAGCUCUGUUUGAGUUCACUGACAGACGACUAGAAAUGCUACAGUUUCAGAUUGAAGCACAUUUGGACACACUUAUCAAUGAGCAGGCUUCUUAUGUUUUAACUAGAGCGGGCUUGAGUUAUAUCUAUAACACCGUGCAGCAACAUAAACCUGAGCAGGGCUCUUUAGCUAAUUUGCCCAACCUAGAUUCCGUGGCACUGAAGGCUGCAAUGGUUCAGUUUGAUCGUUACCUGUCAGCCCCAGACAGCCUGUUAAUGCCACAGCUGAACUUUCUCCUAAGUGCCACAGUGAAGUGGGUGACUUGGAUUCUGUUGGCUCUGACUGUGUUUGGAAUACCAGCAUCUGACUUGAAUCUCUACGAGAUCAACCUGUUAAGACAAUCUGAUUUCAUGAACCAAAAUGACCUUAUCUCACAACGGAGAGGUGGUGAUUGCCAGACUGCGUGCACGUUAGAAACUCGAGAACAAAGUGAGGCAUGACCAUGCGUGGCUCUUGGGGUGAUGAGAGCUCAGAGUUAAUUUUAGAAAUAACUGUUUAACAAAAUAAUCCAGAGGAGGUGAGUAGCUGGAUUUGUCUCCAUUUAGGAACUCUCACAUGGGCCAUUGGUGAUGUGGGUGUUAGAAAUGGAGGUGGUGCUCAGAUGGGAGCAUUGGGGCACCACCCGUGAGGACAGCAGAGCAGUAUCCCCGGGCGCUCGAACAGUGGGACAUUUGCUGAAUCUAGCCAGGGACCGCUGGUGUGCGUUCUUACAGGGAGGAGGAGGAACUGUCCCUUGUGCGGGCCCCCUCACAGGUUGGCGAGGGCUCCUCGCAGUUAUUCUCUGGUACCUCGAUUUACCUGUCACCCGGGCAGACGGCUCCAGGUUCAGCUCAGAGAGCUGCCGUGAAGGGGAGCAGGCGUGAAGAUUGCCCUACAGCUCGGUUGCUUGGGCAGCCAGGCCACGAUGGACUCUGGAGACCGGAGACGGGGAAGGGGACAGAGCAGAUCUUUGCCACCCAAGACUCUACCUUGCAAACUGGAGACUCCCCAGCAGGGAUAGGACCUGGCUGCCGUUAGCGAGGCCCAACCCCGAGCCCUCAUCACUGUGCGAGGAGACAUCAUCCCAAGUCCUUCGGCAGGCUCCGUCCGGCACCAGGGUCUCCUCCCGUCGAGGUGGCUCAGUCAAGCGCUCCGACUGCUCCCGUUCACAUGCGUUUAUGCAAUUUUGUUUUCUCGCAGUUUAACACACGUGUCUCUGUCUAUCUCUUUCACACUCACACACAAUGAGAUUUAGUAACCCAUUUUAAUGAGGCAAUUAUAUUUUAACUCUAUUAUGUGCAAUUAUCCACUCACAUAAAUUGCCCCAGCUGGAGCGCCUGGUGUCCAUGUCUCGCUGGCUGGCACUCAGCUGCUGGCCCCCGGGGGCAGCUGGGCCUCCAGCACGGGAACACUGCCGCGGCGGCCGCCCCUGCUGCUCUCCACAGGUGGCUCACUGCUGCCAAGGGGCAGGGACAUUUGCAAUUUCUGGCCCACCCAGCGGAGCUCUUGAUUGCUGUGUGGGUGGCCUAGAACUUUGUCAUCCGCUCUGCUGUGCCGGCGGUGUUGUUUAUCCAGACCCGGAGCCCUAGGUAGCCUCCUAGCUUGGAGGGGCCGGAAAAACAAACUCGGAUAAUCGGAGCCAUGCACCUUGGCCUCAUGUUUUCCCUGUUAAUCGUCUAGGCUCUAGGUGCCUCGGGCUGGGGAUGAGAGGCGGCGGCCUCUGUACCCCCGUCCUACCCGUGGUAACUUUAAAGCAGAGGUUUUAAUGAUGAGAUAGGUACCUCAUGCAAAGUAGUGAUUUAGUUUACGUGGUCGCACAAAGCAGGACAAAGCGGUCACCCAAGGACUUGUCGCCCAACUCACUAGAAUGUUCCCAACGCGUUCGCAUCUACCUGGGGGUGUUCGUUUCACCCUUGCCCUCCGAAGGCACCAUUUGCUUGAACUUUGUUCUGACCUGUCGCUUCAUUUUUUUGGAAAGUUCCAUCACAUACGCAUGUAUCAUUCCGUAGGUAGCCUUCUGUAGCUUUCUCCUCCAUGUAGUGUCAUGCGAAAGAUUCAUGUCUGCAACUCUCCAGAGUUCUGGCUCAUUCAUAGCCAUUGCUGUAUACUCUUGUGUGACACCUUCUUUGUAGCCACCCCCCUCUCGAAUGAACCUUUGGGUUUUCUAGGUGUUUUUGUUUGUUUGCUUUGCACUCUGAGCAAGGCUUCCGUGAUAUUCCUGGCUACACAAACAAAGUACAAAUACGUGGGAAUUUCUCUACCUUGGAGUGGAAUUUCUGGAUUUUAGCAUAUCAGAACGUUCAAGGCUUUCAGAGAAUGCCAAACUGCUUUCCAAAGUGGUUGAACCAACGCGUGGCCCCCUCCUGCCAGGUGGUGGCUUUUGCAGUUUUCCAGAUUCCUCCCACAGUGUCCUGUGUCCGGUCCAGUAUGAAAUAAUGGUUACGAGCAUCAUUUGGACCUGUGGGAACUUGGACAGACUAGUUGCUCUCUCUAAGCCUCAGUUUUCCUAUCGGUGAGGUUGGAGGAAAUGCUCGAGCAGGGUACCUUAACACCUGGUGGGGCACAUUGGCAAACUUCCUUGCCUUAGGGAAAAUGCAACAUCUCCCGGCAACUAGGUGCCUUCACGUUGCCAAGUGCAGCUAAACCAAAAUUCCUUGUGCUGUGGUCUAAGAUGCUUGCUACUUGGUACUCUUCACGAUUUAAAUGUGUCCCGCAAAGAAAAUGAGACAUCAAUAAGAUACCAGAAGGUAUGAACAUUUUCUGGUUGUAUCACAGGUGGUAAUUUGGGGAUUUAUGUAAUUAGCACCCACCGCUACUGCUGUUAUCUUGUACAUAUUAGCUGCAUUUUCUCUUUGGGCCGUCAGUAGAAUACCAUUGCCCUCAGGGCCCCGUAAGGCGACAUGAGCCACCCCGAGUCUCCCGCAUGCUGACGGAGCUGUCCUCAGAGGCAGGCAACAGUGACGCUAAGAGCUGUAACGUUAGUACAGGGCUUUUACAAAGCAUUAUUCCUGAACGGCCCGUCAGUCGUCUGUCCACUGAGGUCCUCAGAGUGCAAUGUUAUUUCUGUUCCUGCUUCUACGGAUAAAGAAACUGAAACUUAGAGACAAUUAAGUGACUUGUCUUACGUAAGUGACAGAAGCUGGACUGAAGCCAAGCCUUCGGUCACUGGGCCCAAUGCUUUUUGUCCCAUCGCCUCCCCAGUCUGACUGUAUUAUGUUCCAUUGUGUGUGUGUGUGUUCAUUUUUUCCCUUUCUACGUUAUUUAGUAAUCCAGUUGAUUAUAUUAAAAAUAAAAAGAAAUUCAUUUGUGUUUCCCGGGGUGGCUGUAGCCAUUAGUCAGACUACUGAACAAAGCCCGCUGUCAAAUUGGCUUUCAGAGGAACGGUUCGAGAAUGAAUUGUAAAAGGCUUACUCGUAAUGAAAAAGCCUUAGGAUCACGGGCUUUCAUUUCUCCCAAUCAGGUUUUAAUUACUGAAAAGUUUGGUAACAACUGAAGCGUGUAGUUACUGCCCUCUUUGUUCCUCAUUGUCUUCUCUUCUCGUUUCUGCAAGACCUCAUUUGAUGAUAUGAAUCGUCUUUUUAGGGUUCAUUUUCACUGAGAAAAAGUCCUGCCUUCUCCGGGGCUCAAGCAGGCACCGCUCCUCCUGUCACGGGGAGAAGCGGGCCCAGCGGCCCACAGCUGCCACCCACUCAGGGGAGCGCGGGGAAAGAGCUGCCACCACUAGGGGGCGUCCCAUACAAGGCUGAGGGACGAGGACCGCCCCGCUCCCGAACAACUCAGGGCCUGUCCCCCGACUAUCACUGGGCAGGUUAACAGAGCCAACGGGCUCUCUGGCCUAUUCCCGGCAGAUUCGGAAAGGCGCUUGCCCCGCUCGGGUCACACUGCGAGACUUUCGGGCACUCCUUUGUGCAUUGUUUCGGUGUCCGACGAGACCCGUGUGUUUGAUCCAGAGGCACCAAGGCAGAGCUACGGGAUGCCGUGAACCUCAGCCUCUCCCCGGGUUUCCCCAACCCCACAAAGCAGACAUUGUGGUAUCGCUGUUCUCCAGAUGAGAAUCGGGAAGGUCUGAGAGGUUGAGGGACUUUUCCCCGGUGGCAGAACAGGGAUCAAAGACAGUUCUGUCCACCCUGUGCUCUCCUUACCUCUCCAGCCUCCCUCCAUCCUAAUGCCGGGAAGGGAAAAGAGCAAAUCUGUCUCAGAGGCAACCAGAGGAAGGAGACUGGUCUUCCGAGGGUGCCUCUCCUUUGGGAUAUUUACCUACACUUGUUUCUUGGGAAGAGGCUUAGGCCUGGAUUGAGGCAGCAGUGAGUAUUUUCCCAAUGGACUCCCCUGGCUGUGUGAAGGGAGAGGUGAUCUGGAUUUCCCUACUAGGGGGAGCCCUGAGCUCUGGAGAUUGUUUGUGAGGCUCCUAACAGACAAGAGGAAGAGAAGAUACUUUUCUGCUGACCACCACAGAGGCCAGGACACCAUGAUUUUCAGUAAUUAGAAGCUAAUUAUCUCUGUCCACCCCUGCUUUGAUUAGAACAGGAAGAAAACAAAACAAAACAAAACCUUGAACUGAAGAUUGUCUGAUUGGAGAUUGGAGGUGCCCAGUCUCUAAAAGAACCAGGCCACUGUCACUCAUCGGUUCUCUAGAGAGUAGUCAUUGGAACGGAGAAAUUCGGCGCUCGCCUGACUCCCGUCAGGACUCUUUUAAGGCUGGUAGUUUUGUGGAAAUAGGCUAAUUCUUUCCUGUGACUUAUGUUCCAUCCACCUAAUAUGCAGCUCCUUGUUAUUGAAACAUGAACACGUUCUUUAGAAUAAGAAAUGCUGUGUCAGCCUGUGUAAACCUGUCAUCCCGUACUCAAAUUAGUCCUGAUGGAAAUGGAAAUUAUUUAUCUAUUGACAUUUUUGUUUGCUCCAUGAUAUAUCUAUUGGUGAAAAUGAACCUAAAAAUCAACCACACAAGGGAACACGACGGUUGUCAGAAGUUUGAGUAGGCCAGUGUAAAAUGGUGGCGGGAACCCACAUGGGUGCACUUUGUGCAGCUGAGUGGGCAAGCUCCAGAACGAUCUUCCGUUUCAUGGAGUAGGAUUGUCUAACUGCAGGAAAAGGCCCAUCCAACUGCCUCCCUGGCACUCCGAAUAGGGCAGUAAGCCCUGAGUGUCUAUCUGCCAAAGGGCAUCUCAGUUGUGACUUGCAGAAUCUUCCAUAUUAUCUGUUUUUCCCCAACCUUCAUGUAAUUUUAAAACUUUAUAAAUGUAAUGUACAUUUGGAAGGCUUCUUUUUGCUACUAGAAAUUCAUGUUUGUUUGUUUGUUUGCUUUUUAAUAAAUUGUUCGGCCACUUAUUUCUGGUGUUUCGAACAGAACGUGGGAUACUC